GAAGUACAUCUAUCACAGGACCAGAUUUAUCUGAUAACCUUCCCUACCUGAUUUAAGUAGUAAAUAUCGCGAACAUGGCUCCAUCCGUUGCCCAAGAGCCAAUUCCCCAGCCUGAGAUCCAGGUCAAACAGGCGUUUGACGAAAAAACCCACCAGGGGUACAAAUAUGCUCAAUACCUCCCGGUUUAUGACAACACCACAGUUUUUCCACCCACUGAGCCCUUCGAGGUUGUUGACAAAGGUACUCUAGCCGACAAAGCCAAGCCUCACCUCUUUGCAACCAAUGAUCCAAAUGUCUCUAUCACCAAACUCACUCCCCGAAUCGGAACCGAGAUUAAAGGCCUGCAGUUAAGCAAGCUUAGUGAUACUCAGAAGAACGAGUUAGCUUUGUUGAUUGCGGAGCGAGGAGUUGUUAUUUUCCGCGGCCAGGAUUUCAAGGACAUUGGACCUCAGAAACAGAAGGAGUUCGGCGAGUAUUUCGGAAAAUUGCACGUCCACCCAACAGGGGCUCAUGUUCAGGAUCACAUUGAAUUCCACAACAUCUAUCUUGGACCCGAUAACUUAUAUCGUGCUCAGAGCAGAUCUAAACGUCUGACGACGACUGGAUAUCAUUCUGACGUCUCAUACGAGCAUCAGCCGCCAGCCAUUACCAUAUUAACCCUACUCCAGGUCCCUUCAACUGGAGGGGAUACAGCAUGGGUGUCCCAGGUUGCUGCUUUUGAGCGUCUUUCUCCACCCAUCCAGAAGUUGCUCGAGGGCUUGAGAGCAGAGCACUCAGCAUAUCCGCAGGCAGAAGGAGCGACGAGAGAUGGGAAACAUGUGCGAAGAGCGCCCGUGAUUUCGAAGCAUCCGAUUGUGCGGAUCCAUCCAACGACAGGGGAGAAAGCUUUGUUUGUGAAUCCUGCUUUCACAAAGAGGAUUGACGGGCUAAAGGACGAGGAGUCGGAUGCUUUGUUGAAGUUGCUCUUUACGCACAUCUCGCAUGGCCAAGACUUACAGGUUCGCGUCAAAUGGGACGAUCAAACUGUUGCGCUUUGGGAUAACAGGAUUACUGCCCAUACUGCAAUCUCAGAUUAUGAUGUCACGAAUCCGUCGGAAGGUUUGAGACAUGGGUUUCGAAUCACGACACUCGGAGAGAGACCAGUAGGCGUGAAUGGUUUGGAGACGGUUUGGUGAAUUGGAUCUGGUUAUCGGGAGGGCGAUCUCAAGACGUUCAUAGUUUGACUAAGAGAGCCUUCUGGGAUUUAUCAUUUAGCGAAUAGCG